AGUACUAAUACCCGUGAGGAGGCUUAAUCCUCAACAUUUACUUGUACUACAUCCUCUUUCUCUAGAACUUCAAUAGAAAUUUAGGUGAAAGAGAAGAUCGGCGUUAAUCAUGGAACCCUAAUUUCUGGAAAUCAGGUCAAACUCUCAAGACAUUAGCAAUGAGGAAGAAGAAUGGUGGCUGGUUUAACACGGUUAAGAAAGUAUUCAGACCGUCCAGUUCCUCCACCAAGGAAUUGCCGGUGAAGAGAGAUCAGGAGAUCAAAUGGAAGCAGCAGCAGCAGCAAGCUGCGGAGCCGGAGGUUGUGUCGUUCGAGCAUUUCCCUGAGGAGAGUUCGCCGGACAUCACCGGCAAUGAUGACAGUAGCGUGUCGACUCCGGUGACUACCGAUGAUAAAAUGCAUGCGAUGGCAGUUGCAGUUGCUACUGCCGCUGCAGCUGAGGCCGCAGUUGCCGCAGCUCAGGCAGCUGCCAAGGUUGUCCGUCUCGCCGGAGGAUUCGGAAGACAUUCUAAGGAAGAAAGAGCCGCCACUCUGAUUCAAUCGUUCUAUAGAGGAUAUCUCGCACGCAGAGCUUUGCGCGCGCUGAAAGGAUUGGUUAGGUUACAAGCACUUGUGCGAGGGCAUAACGUUAGAAAGCAAGCUCAAAUGACAAUGCGAUGUAUGCAAGCACUGGUGCGGGUUCAAGCUAGGGUUAGAGCUCGUAGGCUCGGGCUCAAUCACAUUAAGGUUCAUGAUGAUCAUCAGAUUGAACCACGACAGGAAUUUAUAAGGUGGAGACAACCACAGAGGAUCACUGAUCAACAUCAUGAAAUUGUUGACCAGCAUCCACUACAACAUGAUUAUCAUUUAAAUAAUGGGAAAGAAAAAUCACAAUGGGGAUGGAAUUGGCUAGAGCAAUGGAUGGCCUCACAACCAUACCACCAUGUUCCAAAAAGCCCCAACAACCCCGACAAAUUAGGGUUGGAUAACAUCAACUCGGGCCGGUUCACAGGAGGAGGUCCGGAUGAGGCUCGGAAACGAGACGGAAUCCCGAGCUACAUGACCCCAACGAAAUCAGCAGAAGCCAAAGUUAGGACCCAAAGCACCAAUCCUCGCCCACCUAUGGCCCAGUCUCAGUGGAACUCGUCCACCAAGAGAGGCCCAUCUUUCAGAUGUGACUCGUCCAGUUCGGGAGGUGGGACUACUAACGCAUUUCAGGCCCAUAGAAUUCUAAGCCCAAAACCUCACACUAAAUGGGCUUCUGGAUCAUACAGACAUGAACCUGAUGACCCGUCCUUGCCUUUUGGAGGUUAUGGUUGGUGAUGAACUACAGUAAUUAAUAAAUUAUUUAUCACUGCUAAGAAAAACAUAAUAAUAAUAAUAAUCAUGCUUCCACUGUUGUGUCAUGGUCCUUUAAAGUUUGUAUUAUUAUUGUUGGUUUAAUUUAUUUAUGGUUUUAAAGGCAUUAUUAAAUUGUUAAUUAUGUGA